UUAAAUCAAAACCAAAGGAGGCGAAUACUACUAUACUAUCCACCCCCACAUUCGCAUGGGGACGGAAAAAACACGUGUGAGUCGACGGAAAAUUGACAUCCCUACGCGUACGCACCCCAGCCAUAAAGACACCGUCUAUGCCUUCAAAAUUGAAGUCCGUCUCUUGCACAACUGAACAAGACUCUCAAUGGAUGCUUCCUUUGUCCCAGACCGUCCCUUCGACCACUCCGCCGUCGUCGACAUGCCUGAACCCCCCACCCCCACCACCACCAAACGCCGCCACCACCAUCCACCGUCUUCCGGCCCUCCCUCAUCCAUCACCUUCAGGCCACCGCCGCCUCCUCUCAAGCUCUCCACCGGCGAAACCCUCUUCCGCAUCCUUUGCCCCGCCACCAAGACCGGCGGCGUCAUCGGCAAAGGCGGCGCCGUCAUCCGCCAGGUCCGCGAAAAUACCGGCGCCAGGAUUCGCAUUGACGAUUCUGUCCCCGGAUGCGAAGAGCGUGUCAUUCUCAUCGCAGCCGAAUCGACCAAGAAGAGGACUGACAAUGUUGACGCAAUCGGCGACGAGUUGGCCAAUUUGAACUCCAAUUCCAACAGUGAAGAUGAGGGAUCGCCUGCGCAGCAGGCUCUACUUAGGGUUUUUGAGAGGAUUUUGAAGGUGGAUGAAGAAAGAAGUGGAGUUUCUUCUGCUGAGAAUGAAAAAGGUGAGGAUGAGGAAGGAGGAGGUAAUGUAGUACCAGUGGUGUGUAGGUUGUUGGCGCCGAGUAAUCAGGUGGGUUGUGUGCUUGGGAGAGGAGGGAAGAUUGUGGAAAGGAUUAGACAUGACAGUGGUGCUAAAGUUAGGGUUUUGACUAAAGAUCAGAUUCCGGCGUGCGCAUCUCCGGGAGAUGAAUUGAUUCAGGUGACAAUAAGUCUUCUUUAUCCAAAACUUUUAGUGGUUCCACUAAAGGUGAUAACAGGGAAUUUUCCAGCUGUGAAAAAAGCAUUAUUGUCUGUUUCAAGCUGCCUUCAAGAUAACCCAAGGGCAGAGGCUGUGAACUCUACUACUCCCGGAUCAUCAGGCAUGGCACUCCAUGGAACUGGUACUGAGAAUAUUGGAGCCAACCACAGGAUGGUAAUGGAGGAGGAGGUUGUAUUUAAGUUGUUGUGCCAAGUUGACAAAGUUGGGAGUUUGAUAGGGAAAGGUGGCUCUAUAAUACGGGCAUUGCAGAAUGAAACUGGUGCAACUAUCAAAAUAGCUGAUGCAGCUUCUGAUUCAGAUGAGAGGGUGGUUGUAAUAUUUGCACGAGAGGCAUCACGAGUGGGCUCUCUGACCCAUCCAUCCUUUCAGAUUCAGGCCUACAGUGUGCCAUUGUUCUAUGUUGGCUUUGGCUCCAAUUGGUCAAAUUCAGAGCAAAGACAUUCUCCAGCACAGGAUGCUGUUAUCCGCGUGCAUUGUAGAAUCGCGGAGAUUGGAUUUGAGCCUGGUGCUGCAGUUGUUGCUAGGAUUCUUGUACAUUCACAACAGAUAGGUUGUCUAUUGGGUAAAGGGGGUAUCAUCAUUGCGGAAUUAAGAAGAGCAACUGGGGCUAGUAUACGUGUUUUUCCAAAGGAACAAAUUCCGAAAUUCAGUUCUCGGAAUGAAGAAGUUGUGCAGAUUAUUGGCAGCUUGCAGUCUGUACAGGAUGCUUUAUUUCAAAUUACAAGCAGGCUUCGGGAAACUAUAUUCCCAUUCAGACCACAUCCUCCAAAUGCCAGUGGCUCAUCAUAUUUGCCCUCUUAUCCAGAUAUGAUGCCUCCCCCGUUUAGGCCAAGGCAUGAUCCUGCUUCCCCAGGUCCUUACCCUUCACCAGUUGGACUUCCUCGUGGUGUUGACCGUGAUCGUGUUGCUAUUCCAUCUCAACAUCAUGAUCCCCAGCCUUUUUCACACAGUAGGGAUCAUGUUGGUCCGACUUAUUUUGAUCGCGCUCCCUAUCAUUAUGGCAGUGAGAGACCAGGACACGGUCCUUUAUUUGAUAGGCAAUCCCCUCCAAGAGGGUGGAUACCUCAGGUUGGUGCAGGUGCAGGUGCCGGUGCAAGUGGCUAUCCAAGGGGAGUCGCUGAUGUUGGAGGUGGCUUUCCAUUGAGCAAUGGUCCUACAGGAAGUGGAAGUCAGGGCCCCCCAAAUGCAGCAAGCACAACUGUCGAGGUUGUAAUUCCUCAGGCAUUGUUAAGCCAUGUUUAUGGCGAGAAUAAUAGUAACCUGAGUCAGAUCAGACAGAUCUCAGGUGCAAAGGUAGUUGUUCAUGAUCCAAGGCCCGGGGCUACUGAAGGUGUGGUGGUAGUAUCAGGAACAACAGAUCAAUUACAUGCUGCUCAGAGCCUUAUUCAUGCCUUCAUCCUAGCUGAGUUGCCAUUUUGAAAUAUGGCUUGACUAGUUUAAAAAAUACCAAUAGAAUUUGGACCAACUUGUAUCUUUGAAUAGGUAAAGGAGAAUUUUUUUGACAUAAUUUAAUUCAGUUUUUUGUUAUUUGGGGAAAAAAAAAAACAAUAUGUACAUCCUUUUGUGGGCAUAGGUUGAGAAAGAAAUAGUGAGGAAAUGUGCUUGAGGGAUAGCAAUAUGUACAUCCUUUUGGUUAGACUUUUUAAAGUCCUUCCUAAUGUUAAAAGUCAUUUUGAAGAAACAUUUCAUUUUCAA